CUUCAUCAUCACUGGCACUCCCACAAUGCAGCGGGGUAAUGUAUUAACAUGGCGUCAAUGGUUGCUGUUUUGACCAGGGCCGUGGGAUUUGAAAACAUUAUGUAGACCACAACCAUGGAGAUAGCUAAAUAAUAAUUUCCAAUCAACUUAAGAGUUCGAAACUAGCUCAGGCGGACGACCGGGCACCGCAGCUAACCCUCAGUAACAUUACGGAGAGGGCUAACAACGUACUCUGCAGAGCAAAGCAACCCCAGGAAGUAAGCGUGAAGCAUUCCCAUAACGUAAGACGGUACAUUUUAGCUUUAAUGACUUUGGGUGGCUUGCCUCCCUGGCCAUCUUCAGUGUGGUGUUGACUCCACCAGGAAUAAGAGCAGAAGAAAAAAGGGAUGGAUGAGUCCUUAAGUCCAGUAAAGCCAGUCAAACAGUCUCAGCUCAGAGGAGCUAAAGCUUUAUCCACUGAGAAAUCAAAUAAAGAGACUCUUGUGCAGAGAGAGGGUCAUAAGUCUGCAAGCCGCAGCAAAGAAAACAGCACGACUGCCAAGGAUGAACAUAAUAUAGGCAGCCAGGUUAGUCGUGGGCCAGGCAAGACUUCUACAGAUACUCCCCAGGACAAGAGAAGAGGUCGGCCAUCCAGAUUGAGUAGGCUGACUGGAAGAACGGGUUCUGGGGAGAGAGGUAAAGGAAAAGGCGCAAGCUUACAGCAGCACCUUGUGCCACAGGCUUCUGAGUCCAGGGCAUCUCUUUCUGCAGACAGCAGCCCCUCAGCAAACAAAGAGAGCAGCUCUUCUGUAGUGCCUGUUACCCCUGACAAAGGGCUUACAGAGCAGGCCAGGAGCUCUAUUAGAGCCCUGGCAAAAGAAAAAUCCCACGUGUUGAAAGCUGCAACACUGAUGCAUCAGUCUGUGCAAGAGGGCCCAGAGGUGAGGCCCACUGUGGAGGAAGGACCUCUCACAGAGCAACAGCUGGGCCUCCGACAGGCAGAGGACCGUCUCCGCAGAGACUACAUCUACCGACUGCUGAAACAGUCCCCUGAGUACCCAAACUACCAGUACAUAUGCAAGCUGUGCUCUGUGCACAUUGAGAACAUUCAAGGAGCACACAAACACAUCAAGGAAAAGAGACACAAAAAGAACAUAAUGGAGAAACAAGAGGAAAAUGAGCUGCGUGCCCUGCCACCUCCUUCUGCUGCUCAGCUGUGGGCUGUCAAUGCCGCUGUCCUAGAAACUGCCAGGCAGCAAGGGAUAUCAGAUGAAGACUUUGAGAUUCGAAAAACAGUUGUCAGCAGGAUGGAGAUCAUUAUACAGAGACACCUCACAGCUUGUUCGCUCCGUCUCUAUGGUUCGUGUCUUACCCGUUUUGCCUUCAAGACAAGUGAUAUCAACAUUGAUGUCACCUACCCUCCCUCAAUGACACAACCUGAAGUCUUAAUUCAGGUGCUGGAAAUCCUCAAAAACAGCCCCGAGUUUUCUGAGGUGGAGUCAGACUUCCAUGCCAAAGUACCUAUCGUGUUCUGUCGGGAUGUUAGCAGCGGCCUGAUGUGUAAAGUGAGUGCAGGAAAUGAUGUUGCUUGUCUUACAACCAAUCAUCUGGCAGCCCUGGCUAAACUGGAGCCCAGAUUGAUUUCAUUGGUGUUGGCCUUCCGCUACUGGGCGAGGUUGUGUCACAUUGACUGCCAGGCUGAAGGUGGCAUCCCUUCAUAUUCCUUUGCCCUCAUGGUCAUCUUCUUCCUGCAGCAGAGAAAAGACCCUAUCCUCCCUGUCUACCUGGGCCCCUGGAUUGAAGGCUUUGAUGUCAAACGUGUGGAUGAAUAUCAUUUGACUGGAAUUACAAUGGACAUGUAUGUCCAGUGGGAGCAUAGACCUCCGACCUCUACAGAAGGCCGGGGAGAGAACAGAAACGAGGCCAAGGGAGAAGGCAGGACCAAACCUCAACACCGCAAUGAUGCCCCUAACUCAGAGGGCUUGAUCCGCCUAACCUUCAACGUGGGUAAAGAUGUUGCACUGGGCCAGUUAUGGUUGGAGCUUUUACGUUUCUACACACUGGAAUUUGCACUUGAAGAAUAUAUCAUCAGCAUCCGCUUAAAGGACCUCCUCUCUAGGGAAGUGAAGAACUGGCCUCGCCGCAGGCUUGCUAUCGAAGAUCCCUUUGCCUUGAAGAGGAACGUUGCUCGAAGCUUGAACAGCCAGAUGGUCUUUGAGUACAUCCAGGAGCGUUUCAGAACAGCUUACAAAUACUUUGCUUGCCCUCAGAAAAAGGGCACUGGAGGACGCCGAACAAAGAAGAAAGCAAGGGCACAGGGUGUAAAAUUGGAAGAAGCUGAGAAGAAAGAGCCUUCAUGUACGAACAAGGACGAGAACAAUGUCAAAGGAGAAAAAAGCCAGAGUGUUCAAAGAGGGCACCAGGGAUCAAAGGAGGACGAAGAGCCUGACAAUGAUGAUGAAGAUGGUUCAGAUCCAUCCAAAGAAAGGAAUGAGAGCACUUUAGACACCCGCCUCAUGGACAUGCUUCUCAGUGAGGGAAACACACCUUCCUUCUCCCCCAAUGGCCUGCUGGAGAGUGACAAGGAAGAAGAAGAAGAGGAAGAGGAGGAUAACGGAGUUUCAGAGGAUGACGGGCCUGUUGCACCAGAUGAUCUGCACUAUGUGUUUGACAAGAUGAUUUUCACUUGUGGAAAGCCUCCAACUGUCGUAUGCAGCAUUUGCAAACGAGAUGGUCACCUGAAGGACGAGUGCCCUGAAGACUUUAAGAAAAUUGAGCUGAAGCCUCUGCCCCCUAUGAAUGACCGCUUCCGAGAGAUCCUCGAUGGCCUCUGCAAACUAUGUUACUAUGAAUUGUCACCUACACAUGCUGAACAGCAGAGGAGGGAGCAGAUCCUUGCUAGCCUGGAGAGGUUUAUAAGGAAGGAAUACAAUGAAAAAGCCCAGCUUUGCUUGUUUGGAUCUUCCAAAAAUGGCUUUGGAUUCCGUGACAGUGACCUUGACAUCUGCAUGACUCUGGAGGGGCAUGAAACUGCAGAGAAGCUGAACUGCAAAGAAAUCAUUGAAGGCCUUGCAAAAGUGCUCAAGAAGCAUACAGGUUUGAGGAACAUCUUACCUAUCACCACAGCUAAAGUGCCUAUAGUGAAGUUUGAACACAAACAGAGUGGUUUGGAGGGGGAUAUAAGCCUUUAUAACACACUGGCUCAACACAACACCAGGAUGCUAGCUACAUAUGCGGCUCUGGAUCCACGUGUGCAGUUUCUGGGAUACACAAUGAAGGUCUUUGCAAAGCGCUGUGACAUCGGUGAUGCUUCCAGAGGGAGCCUCUCUUCUUAUGCUUACAUCCUGAUGGUGCUUUACUUCCUGCAGCAGAGGCAGCCACCUGUUAUUCCUGUCCUGCAGGAGAUCUUUGAUGGGAAUACUGUUCCCCAGCGGUUGGUAGAUGGCUGGAACGCUUUCUUUUUUGAUGACCUUGAGGAUCUGCGUCGUCAUCACUCAGAAAAUCAGCAGAACACAGAGUCUGUGGGAGAGCUGUGGCUGGGACUUCUACGCUUUUACACUGAAGAGUUUGACUUCAAAGAGCACGUGAUCAGCAUUCGCCAAAGGAAACGCCUCACCACGUUUGAAAAACAGUGGACCAGCAAAUGCAUCGCCAUUGAAGAUCCCUUUGAUUUGAAUCAUAACCUCGGUGCUGGAGUUUCUCGUAAAAUGACAAACUUCAUCAUGAAGGCAUUUAUAAAUGGGAGAAAGUUGUUUGGAACUCCCUUUUAUCCCGUCCCGGGCACUGAAGUGGAAUACUUUUUUGACUCUAAGGUGCUGACAGAUGGUGAAUUGGCUCCUAAUGACCGGUGCUGCAGGAUCUGCGGAAAAAUUGGACACUACAUGAAGGACUGUCCAAAGAGACGCAGAAUGAAGAAGAAGGAAAAUGAGAAAGAUGAGGACAUCAAAGAGGAGGAACGAGAGCCAAAGGAUCGGCGUUGCUUCCAGUGUGGGGACAUGGGGCAUGUACGGCGAGACUGCCCUGAAUAUCGUCACCUCAAACAAAGAGCUGCCGGAGCACCAGCUUCUCACAUGGUGCGAACUAUAGUGAGCUCUCAGUCCAUCCCUAUUCCCCAGACAGCUGCAGACUGUCCUGGAAGGACCAGACAGGCCUCAGAAUGUUCUGAUAGUCGUCAGACUCCACCCUACUCACCACAGCCCACUGCUGUCCCCCCAAGUUCCACCCACUCCUCCAGUUCUCCUCAGCCCUCCCACACUAAGACCAAUUCUGCUGGUCCCCUCAAGCAGUCUGCACAUCCCCAGGUCCCGCUCUCUCUCCUUAGCUUUCCUACCUCCCACCCAGGCCAGUAUCACCCAGGUGCACUCACUGCACUGGGACUUCUUCCCACCCACCAGCACCAGUCACACCAGUCCCAGGGGCAGUCUACUCACCCAGUCCACCUCCCCUCCACCUCCUGGCCCAUCCACGGACCAGUCCUCACCUCGUCCUCUCCCACUGCCCCCUCUCCGCCUGGCAUGAAAUUCGCCCUGCGUUCAGCGUCCGGGAACGGGAGUCCCACAGGUUCAGGUGGAAACCCCAGCCCCAUGAAUCUGAAUGACCCCAGCAUAAUAUUCGCCCAGCCGGCGGGGAGACAGCUGGGCAUCAGCGGGCCAGGACGGGAAGGACACUGGCACAACCACUUGGCACAGCCUGGGUCACUCAUGGGCAAUGGCACUGUAGUCAAGUCAGAGUCUGGCCACCCGGCUUCGUUUGUAGCUGUGAGCCAAGGCUCUCGGUUAUGGGAGCACAAUAAAACCCCUCAGUACACUCUGUCUCCAUCCUGGCCCUACAGAAUGCCCCAGAACUACAUCCAGCAGGGCAACGGAGGCUACCAGCAUGGUAAACCCUUUGUGGCCCAAGGUUCUAUGAUGCAUCCGAAUCCCAACUUCCCACUGGUCCCUCAUGUCCGGCAUCCAGUGAAUUUGAAUUUCAUCCAACAGAAGAAGUAAACUGGCAUCUUUUUUUAAUCAGGCUUAUGGUCAGUAAAACAACGCAUAAAGCAUCAUUUGAUCACAAGACGAUUUUUAAAAUGAAUUUUAUCAUUUUUGUACAGUUUUUAAGUUUUACUUUUUGUGUCAUUACAUUGAUUUGUGAUACAAAUGUCAAAUAUUUUAAUACCCCCGUUUUUGAGGGGGUCCAAAAAAGUGUUUUUAUUUUAUGUGUAAAGUAAGGAGGACAAAUGUAAACCUUUAUUUUUAUUAGCUUUAUUCAUACUUUGCUUGCCACAAGAUGAAGGCUUUGAAUAGAUGUUUGUUUUAAAAACAAUCUAACAUGUCACCCUAAGUAUGUAGUGCCAAAAGCAUUGAUAGCAAGAAAAAAGGGGGAAAGUCUUAAAUAAUAAUUAAAAAAAAAAAGCUAUAAAAAAAUAAACAAAAAAGCAAACCGC